AUGCGGUCGCGCGAGCGCGGCGGCAUCGGCAGCCGCUCGAGCUCGUUCUCGAGCCUGCCGACGGUGACCGAGGGGGACGAGUCCGCGGGCGGCGCGGGCGAGCGCGACGCGCCGGGGGGUGGACGCGCGAAGCGACGAGCGCAGCCGGGGAGGAUCGUGUUGGCGGUGUGGUGCGACGGCGCGUCGUUGCGAGCGCUGCGCGCCGCGGGCGGGCUCGCGUCGCGGCGCGAGGGGGGCGGAAAAGUGGCGCGCGGCGCGAGCUGGCGCGCGACGCCCGCGGUGGGCGAGCUCGCGACGCCGACGGAGGAGGCGCUCCGGCGCGCGCGCGGCGAGAGCGCCGGCGCGAGCGGCCGCGCCGCCGAUGACGAGGCGUCGAGUCAGCGGCCGAGGAGAAUGAACGGGGACCUCGUCGAGACGGGUCCGGACGACGACGACGACGACGACGACGACGACGACGACGACGACGACGCGCCGCCGCCGCCGCCGCCGCCGCCGAUGGAGACGAAUCGCGGAUGGUUCCGUUUCCUCGGGUGGGGCGGCGGCGGCGGCGGCGCGGACGACGACGCCGGCGACGCGCGCGGAGAGGCGGGGCGCGAUCGCGAUUCGAAUCGCGAUUCGACGAGAGAGACGGAGACGGAGACGCGGGGGGACCCUCCGUCGCGCCGCUCGGGGUCGGGGUCGUCCGACUCCGACGGCGAGGCGGCGCCGAUAUGGGCGAGGCGGCGGAAGUGGAAGGGCGGCGCGCUGUCGACGUUAGACGUCGACGACGCGGAGCAGACGUUAGGCGCGAUCGCGUGGACCGCGUGA